CAAAGUGCUGCUCGCAGUCUGUGCACGCUGUGUUCCCUGGGAGAGGUAAUAAAAGGCAAGCAGGACAAUAGCAGACAAAAGGUUUCCCUGCAGGACGGAUCUCUUCUGUCGGGACUUUGUGGAGAUCUUUAAUAAGGAAAGCUGCAGCGCUGUCUCCGCCCGUGCAUGUCCCAUCCAGAGGAGCCUACACCCGGAGCGGAGGGUCGCGCCGACUAUCCCUGAGCCCGAAAGCCGCCAGGCAGCAGCCCGCCUCCAGCAUGACCCUCACCCGGAGCUCCGUCCUCUUCCUCGCUGCCGUCAGCCUGCAGCUCCUGCUGCUCUCCGCCCGCAUCCAGGUCUCUUCAGCUUCGGGAUACUUUGAGCUUCAGAUCUUGUCGAUGCAGAACGUUAACGGGCAGCUUCAUACUGGCGCCUGCUGUGACGGAUCCAGGGACGCCACGGAUCGGCGCUGCACCGCGGAUGAAUGCGACACCUACUUCCGGGUGUGCCUGAAGGAGUACCAGCUGAAGAUAUCCUCGGCCGGGCCCUGCAGCUUCGGCGCCGCCUCCACGCCCGUGCUUGGUGGGAACACCUUUUCUGUGCACAGCGCCAAGAGCGACAAAGCCAGGAUCGUGCUGCCGUUCAGCUUCGCGUGGCCGAGGUCGUACACGCUGAUCGUGGAAGCCUUGGACUUCAACAACGACUCUUCCUCUGGCAGCGUCGGUGGGUCGGUGAUUGAGAAAGCCGUGCACUCAGGGAUGAUCAACCCCAGCCGGCAGUGGCAGAGCCUGAAGCACAACGGCCCCGUGGCUCAGUUCCACUUUCAGGUCCGCCUGGGCUGCGACGAGCACUACUACGGCUUCGGCUGCAACAAGUUCUGCCGCCCGCGAGACGACUUCUUCGGCCACUACGAGUGCGACCACAACGGCAACAAGACGUGCCUGGAGGGCUGGGCCGGUCCGGACUGCAACACUGCAAUCUGCAGACAGGGCUGUAGUACAGAACACGGAUCCUGUAAAGUUCCUGGAGAGUGCAAGUGUCUGUAUGGCUGGCAGGGGGAGUACUGUGAUCAGUGCAUCCCUCAUCCCGGCUGUGUUCACGGCAGCUGUGUGGAGCCCUGGCAGUGUCUCUGUGACACCAACUUUGGUGGACAGCUGUGUGACAAAGAUCUGAACACUUGUGCGACGCUGCAGCCGUGUUUGAACGGAGGAACCUGCAGCAACACGGGGCCUGACAAAUACCACUGCUCCUGUCCUGACGGCUUCUCUGGGGUCAGCUGUCAGAGAGCCGACCAUGCCUGCCUGUCCAACCCCUGUCUGAACGGAGGAAGCUGUGGAGAAACCAGUCUGGGUUUUGAGUGCCGCUGUGCCCCUGGAUGGACCGGACCCUCCUGCUCCAUCAAUGUGGACGAGUGUCUGGAGAACCCCUGCAGUAAUGGAGGAACCUGUCAGGACCUGGUUAAUGGUUUCAAGUGUACCUGUCCUCCUCAGUGGACCGGAAAGACCUGCCUUAUCGACGCCAACGAGUGUGACGACGACCCCUGCGUCAAUGGCAACUCCUGCCGAAACCUGAUUGGAGGAUACUUCUGCGAGUGUCUCCCGGGUUGGAUGGGCCAGAACUGUGACACCAAUAUCAACGACUGUCGAGGCCAAUGUCAGAACGGAGCAACGUGCAAGGACCUGGUGAAUGGUUAUAAGUGUGUGUGCGCUUCCGGUUUCGGCGGCAACAACUGUGAGAAAGACGUGGACGAGUGCUCCAGCGGGCCGUGCCUCAAUGGCGGCCGCUGCCACGACGAGGUCGACGGCUUCCACUGCCUGUGUCCGUCUGGUUUCUCUGGAAGUCGCUGUCAGUUGGAUAUCGACUACUGCCUCCACAGUCCGUGUCAGAACGGCGGCGAGUGUUUCAACCUGGUGACCGACUACGUCUGUAAAUGUCCCGAAGACUACGAGGGCAAGAACUGCUCACGCCUGAAGGACCACUGCCGCACCACGCCCUGCAAAGUGAUUGACAGCUGCACAGUGGCUGUGGCGUCCAAUAGCACACCGGGCGGGGUGCGUUUGAUUUCGUCCAACGUGUGCGGCCCCCACGGGCGGUGUCGCAGUCACGCUGGCGGACAGUUCAGCUGCGAGUGUGAGGAGGGAUUCACCGGCACGUACUGCCACGAGAAUAUAAACGACUGUGAGAGCGCCCCCUGUCUGAAUGGAGCAACCUGUAUCGAUAAAGUCAGUCAGUAUCAGUGCAUCUGUGCUGAAGGCUGGGACGGACCUACCUGCCAGAACAACAUCGAUGACUGCAGCGCGGCUCCCUGUCAGAACCGCGGCGUCUGUCGGGAUCUGGUCAACGACUUCUACUGCGAGUGUAACAACGGCUGGAAGGGAAAGACCUGUCACUCGAGAGAGAGUCAGUGUGACGAGGCGACCUGUAACAACGGGGGAACCUGCUAUGAUGAAGUCGACGCCUUCAAGUGUGUGUGCGCUGCAGGCUGGGAGGGGGCCACCUGUAACAUCGCGAAGAACAGCAGCUGUCUGCCGAGUCCCUGCGAGAACGGAGGAACCUGCGUGGUGGACGGAGACUCCUUCAGCUGCGUCUGUAAGGAGGGCUGGGAGGGCGCCACCUGCAGCCAAAAUGCCAACGACUGCAGUCCUCAUCCCUGUUAUAACAGUGGGACCUGUGUCGAUGGAGACAACUGGUACCGAUGUGAAUGUGCUCCGGGGUUUGCUGGCCCAGACUGCAGGAUCAACAUCAAUGAGUGUCAGUCGUCGCCCUGCUCCUUCGGCUCCACCUGUGUGGAUGAAAUCAACGGUUACCGCUGCAUCUGUCCACCAGGAAGGACCGGGCCCCGCUGCCAAGAAGCGUCGGGGAGGCCCUGUGUGGUCGGAGGGCUGGUGGCUCUGGACGCAAGCACGUGGGACGAAGACUGCAACAAGUGCCGCUGUCACAACGGGAGAGUCGUCUGCACAAAGCUUUGGUGUGGACCUAAACCUUGCAGCCUGCACGGUCAGACUCGCAGCUCCGAGUGUCCAGCCGGGCAGACCUGCGUCGCCGUCCGGGACGAGCGCUGCUUCAUCAAGCCCUGCCUCAGCCAGGGGGAGUGCUGGAGCCCCGCCCACCGGGCCCCGCCCACAGCCAGGUGUCACCCGGAGAGCAGCUGCGCCAACGUCACCUUCACCUUCAACAAGGAUGUCAUGGCAAAGGGUGUGACGGUGGAGCAGGUUUGUCGUGUGCUCAGGAGUCUCUACGUCGUCCAGAAUCUGUCCUCCGACUCCUCCGUCUCUAUAACCUGCGAGCCGUCGCUCAGCACCGGUAAUGAGAUCAACGUCGCCAUCUCGACAGACGACCCGAGGAAAGGUUUGGCCUUCGUCAAGGAAAUCACGGACAGAAUCAUGGACCUGGUCAGCAAGAGGAGCGCCAACAGCACCAUCAUCAGCGCCAUCGCCGAGGUUCGAAUCCAGAAACGACAGAGCCACGACGCCAACGCCGACCACCUCAUGCCUUUGCUGGUUUCCGCAGUGAUAGUUGUCUGGGUGUUGGCGAUCGCCUCCAUGUUGCUGUGGUGCGUGAGGAGGCGGAGGAAGCAGAGCACCCACGCGGGGGUCAGCGCGCAGGCGUCCUCUUUGGCGUCCGUGGUUGAGGACAACAACACCCUCCAUAACAGUGUCAGCACCGCCCGCGAGCAGCUCAACCACAUCAAGAACCCCAUCGUGAAAAACCCUGGGAUCCACCACCAUCAACACCACCACCUCCUCCUCCUCCAUCACCACCUCUGCGAGGACAAGAACUCCGUCAACGCCAGGAUCAGGAAGUCAGAUACUGGGAGCCAAUCGGACGAGGACGAGAUGGACAAGAGGCUGCAGAAGGCGAGGUUCGCCAGGGCGCCACAGUCGUACUCGCUGGUAGACUGGGAGGAACCACCCCCCCACCAUACGACAGGCAAACCCCCACACUGGACAAGCAAACAGGACAACAGGCAGCUGCAGUCACAGAGCGUCAACAGGACGGAGUACAUCGUAUAACCACCAGGGCUCAGAAUGACUGGCUGCCCCCCCCAGGUGGUGGAGGACUUUUGGUCUUUUUUUUUUUUUUUGGUUCAGACUUGAUUUUCAAGAUGUUUUCUUGCUGUUUAAUUUAUGUUUUGACUGACACUGGUCUGACCGGUCCACGGCGGUUGGCUGGAUCUUCGGUUUCGUGGACCCCGUUUUUUGUUAACGACGAGAAAUUUGGACACGCAGGAGCCUCACGUGCACUACCAGCAUCUUUCAUUCAAGAAUGAGUUUUGCGUUUGAAUGCGGAUGGAUCUGGAAAGAAUUUAUUUAUUUUGGGUUUUUUUGGGGGAGAAAUUUCAGCGAAAUAUGAAGAAUCGUCCGUGUUGAAUGUUUCUGUACAGAUGUGUAAAUAAUGUUUUAAUUAAUCAAUGUAUAUUUGAUUUAUUAACUUAACGUCAGGAGCCUUAAGAUAUUCUUUUUUUAUUUUUUUUAUUUUUUUUAUUUAUGAGUAUUGUUUAGAGUUGAAGGUUUGUAAGCUCACGAUUUCUUUUUGAUAAAACGCCAAAAGUGUUCUUGAAAGAAUAGUUUAUUUUUAGCCUUUUGGAUUUGGGCAUUUUUGUGCCUCAACUUAAAUGUUUUGUACAUUGUCUGUUGUUCCAUGACGUUCUAUUGGGAUGUUCUCCAGGAUGUUCUGUUGUAUUUACUUUAAUUGUAAAUGAAGAGGAGAGGCGGGUGAGAGCUGGGGGUUUGGUUUAGCUGCUGCAGGGUUUUACACAAACCAACAUGGUGGCAGACAUUUUGCUUUUGCUACUGAAAACAAAUUCUUCAAGGGACGCAACUUUUUUUUGUAGUACUUUUUGUAUUUUGUACCGUGUAUAAAUAUGCUUUGGAUCCUGAUUCCAUGUUUGUAACAAUCUGAAUGAUCAAACCUACGUCAUUAAAAGCAUAAUGAGUAGGAUUUUCCUAAAAAAGAAAA